GGAAAAACGAAACAGAAAACUCGAGGUCGAGGGGAGGAGUCAAGAUUCAACUGCGUUGUCCACUACCUCCGUUGCCCUUCUCCCCCCACUUGUUAGGGUUUCGAGUGCUGCAGUUUUCCUUCAGUUCUUUGCGUCCAAUGUUCAAUCCCCAAAUUAAUACCUUUUUCUGAUCCAAACUGGUUUGCUUCAAAUGAUAUUUGUCUGAAUCCAACAAUUCAAUUUGCCGAUUGUUCUGGAAAAAUGCAUAUGCGGAAUGGAAGUGGACUCUCUCCCGUGCGAGAAUGUUAAGUGCGUGUCAAUUGCCUGAUUAUCCUCCAUCAAAUUGAUCCAAAGGACUAGCUGUUUUAUGGAAAUAUCGCCAAUUUUCUCAGGCUUAAGCAUUUUUCCUCUUCUUAAAAAACGACCAGAGCAUAAAGCUGUUUUUGGAAGAAAAGUUGUCUCAUCCUUCAAAUCUUCAUAUCAAUCCAACGAAGGAAAGUUAGACAAUUGACACGCAAUUGAGGGGGAUCCGCAUCCUAUGAGGGACAGCAUUCAGCAUUCCUUAGAUGAGGACCAAUAGGACAAUUCAUAAAAGAGCUUACUCUUUUUUAUUACGUAGGGACUGAUAGUUGGGUUAUACAGUGACCCACCCAGCCGAAUAUGAUGUUUUAACUACAAGUGUAGGCAAACCUAGUUCUUACGUAACAAGGGCAACAUAUAUACAAUAACUGCAGCAACCCGUACAGCACCUAAAGGAAUGGAAUCUGUGCGGACAAUGAUUGAUCUUUUUGUGAUCUUAUUUCUGAUUGCAAUAGUAGGAUUUGCCUCUGCAAUAAUCUUUGAAGCAUAUAGAAGAAGAAAUAACCAUGAGCAUGUUGAAGGUGCGGCCAUUUUUGAGGAUCCUAAUUCAUUGAAACAGGUUCCUUGCCCACACAUUGUUGAUCCAGCUACAAAGUAUAUGUCUUUAAUAAUUCCUGCAUUUAAUGAGGAGCAUAGGCUUCCUGGAGCUCUUGAUGAAGCUAUGAAUUAUCUUCAACAGCGUGCCUCAAAGGAUCCUUCAUUUUCAUAUGAGGUUUUGAUUAUUGAUGAUGGAAGUGCUGAUGGGACUAAAAGAGUAGCAUUUGAUUUUGUGAGGAAAUAUACAGUGGACAAUGUGAGGGUUAUUCUUCUUGGAAAAAAUCAUGGCAAGGGAGAAGCAAUCAGAAAAGGAAUGCUUCAUUCACGUGGUGAAUUACUUCUGAUGCUGGAUGCUGAUGGAGCAACUAAAGUCACUGACCUAGAAAAGCUUGAAAAUCGGAUCCAAGCUGUUGCAAAACAAGAGUUUAAGAGUGGAGAUUCAGCCACUAGUGAUUUGAGCUUUAGAAUAUCUGAUGUCCCUGUCGCUGCUUUUGGUUCAAGGGCUCAUCUGGAGGAGAAGGCUUUGGCUACAAGGAAGUGGUAUCGUAAUUUUUUGAUGAAGGGUUUCCAUCUUGUGGUUCUCCUGGCUGCUGGUCCUGGAAUUCGUGACACUCAGUGUGGUUUCAAGAUGUUUACUAGGGCUGCAGCUAGAAAGCUUUUCACAAAUGUGCGCUUAAGGAGGUGGUGCUUUGAUGUUGAAUUAGUCUACCUAUGCAAAUGGUUUGGGAUCCCAGUUUCGGAAAUUUCUGUGAAUUGGUCUGAGAUUCCAGGAUCCAAGGUGAAUCUCCUGAGUAUUCCUAACAUGCUUUGGGAGCUUCUGUUCAUGUCUAUGGGAUACAGGUCUGGUAUGUGGAGAAUUUCUGCAUGAGCUUUUAUGCUGUACAUAACGGUAAUUUCCACAUCAGAUAUAGAAAUGCUAAAAUUAUCAGGAAAACCUAGAUUUUAUUCACGCUCCUUAAGUCAUUUUAAGACUUUCUGGGGGCAAGAAUUAUAUUUAAAUGUUGUAGGGGAAACCGUAGCCUAGCCUUUAAGACUUUUUGUUGGGCAUAAGGUCUCUAGAAUUUUCCCGCGGUUGCUAUUUUCAUCUCUGAACGAGUAGAAAAUUUGAACAGUUCAUAA